GGUUGUUUGGUGCGAAUUAGUUGACUGUUAGAAAAUGCGUAGGAGUUAUCGUUGAAAAUGAACCGGGAUACAUCAAAUAGUCAAAAUUAAUCAGGCGAAAUUCAAGUUAUAUCUUUUGGUUGUUUCAAAACAAACACAUUUGUAGCCAUAGACACACCCAUACACACACGUUUCAUCAUUUCAAAGCAAUAUAAGCAGAUAGUUCAGAUUGAUUUAAUGAAAGCUGGAGUGUCUAUCUACUUGACGUUUUAAACUUUUAUGGAAUAUAAAACAUAAACAUGCUUGUAUCAAAUGGUUUGUGCAAGUUCAAGAGACCGGAAAAAAUCAAGGGUUUUCAGCACAGGACAUCAGCUCCUGGUCUUUCCAUCACUCCCGAAAACACAUCUGUACUGAAAGACACAGCCUUGUCCUCAGAAAAGAGAAGAUAUUCUGUGCAAAAUGCUGCUGGCCCAGGAGGACCCAUUGGAGAGAAAAAGAGUUCAUCUCAAAGAGUCAGUCCUCGUACAACUCCGUAUUUAAAUGCGCCAACUGCAACGACUGGGCUAACGCCUCCAGGUAACCAUCUUCCGAGGGCGUCUAUUGCAUGCAUUCCGUUAAGCAUUCAGGCUCAGAUUCAGCAAGGUCAAUUAGUCAAAGCUGAUCAGCCACAGCCUACUCUAGGAAAAGGGACUUCCGUACCCCCGACAACACCAAGAAUAUCUAUCAGUAAAAGCCCAGAGUUAGAUGGAGAUAAUGCAAAGAAACUUGGUCGUUUACCAAAAUCUUUUCGGUGCGAAUGUUGCCAGCAGGUUACAGUGACAAGAACAACAUAUCAAAUUGGUGCAUUAACGUGGCUUAUGGCAGCGUUAAUUUUUAUAUGCGGAGGCGUUCUGGGCUGUUUUCUUAUACCAUUCUUUGUGGAUUGUUGCAAAGAUGUCAAACAUGUCUGCCCGUUUUGUGGGACGGAAAUCGGUCUAGUAAAAUGUAUCUGAAUUUGGCGAAAAAAAUCAUAAUUUGAAGCAAACUGAAAUGGAUAAUACUCAGCAAAGCGACAGUCAUUUCUAUGUGCGAUAUAUUAUUCAUACAAUGCCUGAGUUUGUUUUGAUUAUAAUUAUCACUCAAACUCUUUGAAGAAAAUAUUUAAUCGAAGACACCAUUCUGAAAUUGAGCCAUUAGGCAUUGUCAUUUUGUUUUUAAAAUCAGAAAAAGUUUUGAUAAACACCUAUUUUGAUUUUUUUUUUAAAUGUAAUCGGAGUGAUUUUAUGGUUGCUUACCAUACAUAAUUAAUAUCAUUAGCGAAGUUUAUUAAAUGGUCAACGAAAUUCUCAUGAGUUUAUUUUGUUUUAAGUAUUUUGUUAUUUUUGGAAUUAUGUAUUAUUUGAUCAAACAUAAAUUAUGCUGUUAAAUAAGCUUAUGAACAAUAUUUUUCUGUCAGUUGUUAUUUCUAUGAAGAGAAGCCAUCCCCUCUUUAAAGUUAAAGUGGUAUAUUUUCAAUUCAUAUCUGAAGAAAUAAUAUAUCUGGCUCUUUUUCACUCGAGUUGCUUUCUCUGAUUAUGAUCAAGAUAAAUAUCGGAUUUACCUUUCUCUCUAUUCAUUUACAUCAAAGUUUUUCAUUAUCUGCUCAUCUUUUUUCUAUCUUCAUAAAUUUACUUAUUUAAUCUUUUUAAUUUCACUGUUUUGAUCAGAUAAGUGUGAUAAAACAAUAAAUUAAAUAUAAUCUUCUGUUCAGU